UGCAUUUACCACCAAACACUGAGUGAUUAUGACCGUGCAGCAAGUUACAAAGAAGAAGACAAAUGUGACAACACUCUGACCAAAGGCUGGUAUAGGUUCACCGGCUUGGCCGGGGUUAGGAUGGCUGAUACGUGUGUGGCUAAAUAUCGCUGUGGUACGCAUGCGCCAGGCUGGCUGGAUGGUGGUCAUCCGACAGUGGGACAAGGGCGAGUGAAACGCAAAGUCUGUUACCAUGGGUCCUCUGGUUGCUGCCAGUGGUCUAACGACAUCUUGGUUCGUAACUGUGGAUCUUUCUACGUGUACUACCUGACACCUACACCAACUUGUAACUUACGCUACUGCGGAGACCAUGGGCUAGGUAAUGCUUAG